AUGGCUCCUAAGAGACGUCUCAGGUACGAAGAUACCGGAGCAAGAAAAUGUAGAAAAAUCUAUCAUGCCAAGCUGAAAGAAAAUCAAGAAAAACUCUCCAUUAUCGCGCAACUGCGCGAGUGUGCACCGAACAGAAGAGGUGAUGUCCUAAAUACGCAAGAAGACGUAAGACCUCUGGGAGCUUAUCAAACUCGGGAAACUACAUUUGAAGGAGUAGCUGCAGCAGACACCUUGCAGCUGACGGAUCCCCCUCAGCGAAUCCAAGAUUACGCCAUAAGGUAUUAUCGAAAGGCUGGCAGAGAACGCCACUUGCGAAAUCUCCCUGCGACAGUAGAAGUAACGCUCAUGGAUUUUGCGCUGGAUUUGAUUGGCUUAGGAGAUAGUGCAUUAAGGCUUGGAAAAACAGCGGCACAUGAAAUGUCACGGUUCUACCUCGCGCUUGGGCAAAGUGAAAAUGAGCGGCAGAAAAAGUUGGACGAGUUGCUAGCCGAUUUUGAUCUAUACAAAGCCGAAAUACUGAAAGGAUUGCAGCUUGCCCUGAAAGAUAUACGCUCCUAUGAAUACGACAUGGAAGACGAACAAUGGUACUCACAUGCUAAGCGAAGAAGAAAAACACCUGAAACUAGCCGACUGACGCAUUUGAAAGAGGUGCAAAACGAAGCAUAUCGCGAACAGAGUCUACAGUAAAGCGGGUAGUCGAC